AUGUCGAAUUCCCAUGGUUGGAAUCCGGAAAGUGUCAUUGUAUCCGGGAAAGAUGGGAAGGGGGAAAGUUCUGAAAGAAUCUCGAAACCCGUUCUGGAAUUUCUGAUCCCUGCUUCAUCGAGCAAAAUUCUUCUGACUAAAACCCGUAAGAAGAAGAACAAGAAUAACGCAAUUUCCUCGAAAACAAAGAUGUCACAACACCGAAAGGCAAGCAACAAGGCAAAGAGGAGCAAUGAGACUCAAAACCCUAAUGGAAAACAGCCUAACGGGAAACAAGACGACGGUUUCAGACCCGAAAAUGCAACCUUGUCAUCAUGGAUCUGCAAGAACGCGGCCUGCAGAGCUUCUCUACCCAUAGACGACCCUUUCUGCAGGAGAUGUUCGUGCUGUGUAUGUCAUAAAUUUGAUGAAAAUAAGGACCCGAGCCGGUGGUUGGUUUGUGAGCCCGAACAAUCUGGUGAGGCGGAUUUCUGUGGCUUAUCCUGCCAUCUCGAGUGUGCCUUUCUACAAGAUCAUGUCGGAGUUUUUAGUCUCGGAAAGGUGAUGAGCCUUGAUGGAAAUUACUGUUGUUAUUCCUGCGGUAAAAUUUCUGGGGUUCUACGCUGUUGGAAGAGGCAGCUCGUGGCGGCAAAGGAUGCACGUCGAGUUGAUGUACUAUGUUACAGGAUAUACCUGAGUUACCGGCUUCUCGAGGGAACUUCUCGGUUCAGCGGAUUGAAUGAGAUUGUAAAAGUUGCAAAGUCCAAGCUGGAAGAUGAAGUCGGCCCGCUCGACGGGAAUUCAGCCAAAAUGGCUCGGGGAAUCGUUAGUAGGCUUCCUGUUGCAGCUGAGGUCCAAGAGCUUUGUGUUACUGCAAUAAAAAUGGCAGAUGACUUGUUAGCUAAUGCUUCCACCAUGGAUCUAAUGGCCAGAGAUUCACUUCCUGCUGCUUGCAAGUUUCACUUUGAAGAGAUUACACCGACAUCGGUAACUUUCCAUCUGAUUGAUCUGCCUCAAACCUCAUCAUAUGAUGUCAAUGGCUACAAGUUGUGGUGCUUCAAAAGCCGAGGAGAAGCUCCUGGAGAGGUUCCGUUUCGUCAGUUCCAUAGAAAUCAGAGGAGGAUGAAGAUAUCGAACCUGCAGCCAUGCACCGAGUAUACAUUCCGUGUUAUCUCUUACACGGAAGCUGGUGAUGAUUUAGGUCACUCCCAUGCUCGGUGCUUUACCGAGAGCGUCGAUAUCAUGCAACGGAAACGUGAUGUUUCGAGAGGAAGAGCUGCUCGGGAAGGGCAGGCUUCGGAUCGGGAGGAAAGAUGUGGUGUUCCCUCUUCAAGAUUCAAGAUCUCGCAGUUUGCGAAGUUGAUGCAGUUGGCCGAGACCCAAGAAGAAGAAGGUUUGCUCGACGUGUUUUACAAUGUGGAUACCGAGAAAGAUUCCGGGACGGAGGAACUGCCAUCGGGCCGCCGCCCACAUGGGUUUGACCUGAAUACAGUCUCGGUACCCGAUCUGAACGAGGAAUUCACUCCUCCCCGAGAUUCUUCGGGCGGCGAAGACAACGGAAUCCCGUUGGAUCUACCCGCUGAGGCUGACGACGAGGAAGAGGAUGACGAUACAUCUGACGGAACAGAGAAGAACAAUGGCUUAGUCAGAUCAGACGGAAGCAAUGCCUCUCUCCGGACAGAGGAAGAAGACGUGCCUGAACUCGGUUUCCUCGAAAGGGUGGCCAGGAAAAGGAAAGAAAACCCGAACGAGGAGGAGGAGGAGGAGGCCGAGCCUCAAGAAUGCGACAGCUCGCUGGUGAAGAAGGGUUUACCGGACGGUCUGGACGAGGAGCUCGUGAAAUGCGUGAAGACGGUACGGAGGCUCGAGCGUGGAGGGCACAUCGAUCAAGAAUUCAGGUUGAAGUUCUUGACUUGGUACAGCCUCAGGUCCACGGUUCUCGAGCGCCGGGUCGUGAAUUCGUUCGUACAGAACCUGGAGGACGAGCCGUCGAGCCUUGCCGACCAGCUCCGUGACUCGUUCUUUGAUAUCGUCUCGGCCAAAUGCCCAAGCAACUGAUCCUCCCUCCAUUUUUACAUGGUAAAAUCAUUGUUUCAUCAUUAAGUAUAUAUAUAUCUAUAUAUAACCCAGGAUUAUCUAAUUUUUAAACUGGUUGUUUAUCAUCAUUCAGACCACAUGUGAAACUUCUUGUCCCUCUGUGUUUAUUUCUGAUCAUGUAGGGAUUUUAUUAAAACUCUUUUUUUUUUCCUUUUAUUUGUUUUUGUUUUCUUAGGAGAUUUCUUGAAAACUCUUGUGGGCAAUCAUUUUGCCCUCU